AUGGGUAAAAAAGAUAAAAAUGUAUCAGUUGAAGAAGAAGUUGAUGAAGCUGAAAUUGAAAAAUUGGCAGCUGAAAAUGCAAAUAAACCAGCUCCACAAUUAACAAAAGAAGAUCUUGAUGCAAUGGAUGAUGCUGAACCUGGAACAUCAAGACUUGCUCUAAUUGGUAAAAUGAUUAAAAAAGUUAGUAUCGGUACUGAUAUUUCAAAUAUUUCAAUGCCUGGUUCUUUUAUCCUUGCCAAAUCAACUCUAAGUUAUUUUUCUGAUAAUUUUUCUUCAUUCUUUGGAGAAUUAUUAAAGGCAAAUAAAAUUGAUAAUGAAUUAGAAAGAAUGUUACAAGUUCAAAGAUACUUAUUUACUACUUUAAAAGAAACAGAAGAUACAACUAGAAAACCAUUAAAUCCAAUAUUAGGAGAAACAUGGCAAGCAAAUAUUCAUGUAAAAGAUGGUGAUGGUAAUGAUGUUACAGAUAAUUAUUUCUUUGCUGAACAAAUUUCACAUCAUCCACCAAUUUCAAGUUCAACAGUUUACAAUAAGAAGGAGGGUGUUAAUUGUACAUUCUGUUUACCUGUAAGAUCACAAUUCAUGGGUACCUAUGUAAAGAUUUCAUUUGAAGGUGAAAGUCAUAUAACCUUUGAAAAGUAUGAUGAAAAGUUUACAUUUGUAGCACCACCAAUGGCAAUCAGAAUUUUUAGAUCCUUCUCAGAGUAUGUUGGUAAAGGUAUACUAAAGAGUGACAAGAAUGAUUAUCUAAUAAAGAGUACCUACACUUCAAAACCAUUAUUUGGUGGAGUUUACAAUGGUUUUGAAUCCAAGGUUUAUAAAGGUAAAGAGAAACUAUACAAAAUUAAAGGAACUUGGAGUGGUGAUAUGAAAAUUACAAAUUUGAAAACCAAUGAAACUACCCCAUUCUUCACUAGACCAACAGAAUCAGCUAAAGUUGUUUUCCCAGAUGAUGGCAAUACUCUUCCAACUGAUUCAUCUGUAGUUUGGAAAGGUGUUUUCGAUGCUUCCAAAAAAGAUGAUGUCAAAGGUAUGUCCCAAGAAAAAGUUAAAGUUGAAGAAGAACAAAGAAAAUUAGCUCAUCAUAGAAAAAAUGCUGAUGAAUGGAAACCAGUCCAUUUCAAUAAAAUUGAUGGUAGAUGGCAAUUAGUUAAUCUAAAGGAUUAA